CGACUGCACCGUCUGUCUUUUAUUUUUCUUCUCUUCUUGCCAAAACAAAGAUGGCGACGGCGGUCAAGAAGCAGGACAUGCCGCCUUCGGGCGGCUAUCGGUCGAUUCCUUACGUCAGGAACCCGGCCAAGUCCUAUUUCAGCGGCGUUGGUCUCAUCGCUGGAUUUGUAGCAAUCACUUCCUAUGGUCUGUUUGAAUAUUACAGAGCCAGUAAACAAAUCAGGAGGAACCGAGUUGAGAGACGGAGUGCAUAUUUGGCCCUGACACCUCUGCUCACAGCUGAGAAGGACAGAGAAAAGCUCAAGCAGCUGAGACGCAAUCGUGAUGAAGAGGCCAAGUUGAUGGCCGAUGUGCCUGGAUGGGAAGUGGGCACUUACUACGGUGAGAAGGUCUACAAGAGCCUGCCUGAAGACGCGUGGGUUGAGCCUCACUCGAGGGAGUUUUACGCUCACGCCUCCGAGAGGGACUACCGUAGGAGACUGUUCUUCAAGAACUGGAUCUAAGCUGGUUGUAUAUUGGAAAAUAUGUAAAUUUAGAAUAAAUGAGAUGCUUUGUUGUAGUUAAACAAA